ACCUGUGCCGAACCCAUUUGGAGUACCAGCCACUUCAAAAUCUACCAUGCUUGUGCUACCGAACCCAUUUGGAGUACCAACCACUUCAAACUCUGCCACGCCAGUGCAACCAAACCCAUUUGGAGUACCAACCACUUCAAAGCAUAGUUACAGAAUUCGCUCAGAUACCUUCGAAUUUCGUAUUGGUACAAAACGUACCGAACGCAAUACGAAAACGUUCCAAACGAUGCGGGUACGUCGAACCGAGUCGAUAGGGUACUGUGAACCGAGUUGGCAGGGUACGACGAACUGAGUCCAGUUCCAAUCGUCGAAUUCCGUCUUGAAAUCGCCGAAUUCAAUUCGUAUUCUUUGAUUACAGUUCGUUUUGAGCAGGAAAAAAUGUCCCGUGACUUCCAAAUCUCCAAAAGACGUUCCAUUUUCCAAGAUUUUAACUAUAACAACUUACUUUAGCUUUAAAAACAAAACCAAUUUACUUAAUAAGAAUCUUUUUAACAAACAAAGAUCUUCAUAUUUAUUACAAAAUCACAAAAAAUUAGGCACUAAACGGCUAUAUAUAUCAUACUAACUUACUAACCUUUGCACUGAAAUUGUAGCAUUCCAAUCUUCUACUAUUAGAUUUUAGUUGGUGUUUUUGGUUGGUGUUUGAUUUCUAUUGUAUUUCCUAAUGUUAUGUUCUAUCUUUUUAUUAUGAACUUUUGUUUACUUGUGGUUUUAAAUUUUGGUACACUCACCAAAUUCAUAAUACAUCGUACCAUUCGUACCGAAAUGAGUAUACCCCCUACGUACCGAAUUCAUCACAAAGGGCGAAUUGCGUACCCGUACCGAAGCGUACUGCGUUUUAUGUGACUAUGCUUCAAAGUCUACCAUGCCUGUGUUGAACCCAUUUGGAGUACCAACCACUUCAAAUUCUACCAUGCUUGUGCAACCGAACCCAUUUGGAGUACCAACCACUUCAAACUCUGCCACGCCAAUGCAACCAAACCCAUUUGGAGUACCAACCACUUCAAAGUCUACCACGCCCGUGUCGAACCCAUUUGGAGUACCGACCACUUCAAAGUCUACCACGCCCGUGUCGAACCCAUUUGGAGUACCAACCACUUCAAGUUCUACCAUGCUGGUGCAACCGAACCCAUUUGAAGUACCAACCACUUCAAACUCUGUUACGCCAGUGCAACCGAACCCAUUUAGAGUACCAACCACUCCAAAAUCUAACCCAUUUGGAGUACCAAUCACUUCAAAAUCUACCAUGCUGGUGCAACCAAACCCAGUAGGAGUAUCAACCGCUUCAAACUCUGCCACGCCGGUGCAACCGAACCCAUUUGGAGUACCAACCACUUCAAAAUCUACCACGCCUGUGUACCCAUUUGGAGUACCAACCACUUCAGAAUCUACCACGCCGAACCCAUUUGGAGUACCAACCACUUUAAACUCUACCACGCCAGUGCAACUGAACCCAUUUGGAGUACCAACCACUACGACAGCAGCUGCUAACUCUGUCGCGGUUUCACAUGUGAUCUCUGGAUCAAGUUCAGAUUUCUGUCAACCGAAGGCCUUGUUUGAUCCCUAUUUUUCAACUCAGAAUUUUAAUGGAGAAAAAACAGGAAUUACUGGUCAAACAUCUUCAUCUCAAACUACUAGCAUGGAGCAACCAAGACCUCAGGUGUAUUUUGAAGAUUCUAAACCAAUUGACAUUGGGAUAUCAAGCAUACCUGUCAAGGACAAGCCGGCUGCAGUCAGAUAUCAGGCGGUGACUACUAGGCAUUUGUCUAGAAAUAAGAUGCCACUUCGGAAGUAUGACCCAAAAUUAAACGCUCCAAAGAUACCAUUCUUUAAUGACACCAAGGAGAUACCUGUUGAUAUAUUGGUUCCAAGAGAAAAUCCAAGGAAGUUGGUUAUCAGUCCUGUAUCAUGGUCUUCAAGGGCUAGCACGUUGAAGAACAUAGGUGAAGAAAAAAAGUCUUCAGAUAGCUUUUAUGAGAAUGAGAAAGAAGACAGCAAGUGUUAUAAUUGUUCAGAUGAUCCAACUACAGUACAAGAACUACUUCCAACAAUCCUUGAAGUACCAACAAAGCUUCAACUACCCGACUACUACACAAAACCUCAAAUUUCAGACUUGGAAGCGAAAGAAAGGGCUGAGCCAGGAUUUUGCAGACGUGUGAAGGACUUUGUUGUUGGACGCCAUGGCUAUGGUAGUAUAAAGUUCUUAGGCGAAACAGAUGUACGAAAGCUUGAUAUUGAGAAUCUUAUUCGGUUUAAUAACCGAGAGGUGAUUGUGUAUAUGGAUGAGACCAAGAAACCCCCGGUUGGUGAAGGGCUCAACAAAGCAGCUGAGAUAACGCUUCUCAACAUCAAAUACGUGGAUAAAAAAACUGGAAUGCAUUACAAGUACGGGCCAAAGAUGAAUAAGUACAUAGAGAUGCUAAAGAAGAAGGCAGCUGAACAAGGUGCUGAGUUUAUGUCAUAUGAUCCUGUUGAAGGCGAAUGGAAAAUUCGAGUCUAGUAUACUUUCGGGCAAUAACAGCCCUUUUUAGAGAUGAAUUGCAAAACACAAUUUUGUGUUUUGAUUUAUAAUGGAAUUUGAAUACUAUACGCUUGUGCCUCUACUUAUUGAAGUUUGGGUCAGUUUUCUAGCUGCUGAUGUUCCUAUUUUGCUACUGCAUUGGGAAAAAAAUGUAAAAGUUGGAGAAGGUUAUGUAAAAAGAAUUUAGGAUCAUAGUUUGAAUUUGUUUUGUUAAAUAUUUUGCUUCAGUUGCACAAUAUUAAUGUGUAUGGCAAUAAAUAUGAUAUGCUAUAAAAUAUGUCUGAAUGCAGAAAGUGUUUUGUU